AUGCAAUUCAUGCGAGGGAGCGUGGAAGAGAAACAGGUUGCAUUUGUGGUCCACAUGGCUGUGUCCCCAAGCAGCCACCAGAGGGCAGGUUGGACCCAAGACCGUGUAUCAGUGACAGGGGCAAAACCUCAUUCCUGGACGCGAACGACGCGUGAGACCUUCACGAAAGACAAGAAGCCACAAAUCAUUCAUGACUUUGUCGGGGGAAGUCUGGCCAUUGACACUCUGGCAGAGAACGAAACUCAGAUUGUGGAAGACAACCAUAACUACUAUAUAUCCCGGAUCUACAGUUCCGGUGAAGCACGAGCCAAGGACCUCUGGGUGAACAUCGCAGAAGCCAACAGGACCCAAGUCAGGGUCCAUGGGAUAUUGUCCAAUACGCACAGGCAGGCUGCGAGAGUCACCCUAUCAUUUGACUUCCCCUUUUAUGGGCAUCACCUGCGGCACGUUACCAUAGCAACAGGAGGGUUCAUCUUCAUGGGGGAUGUCAUUCACCAGAUGCUGACCGCCACCCAAUAUGUUGCCCCUCUUAUGGCGAACUUCAACCCCAGCUACUCCCGCAAUUCCACUGUCAAAUACUUCGACAAUGGGACAGUCUUUGUUGUUCAGUGGGACCAAGUAUAUCUGGAAGGGAAGGAAGACAGAGGCCACUUCAUCUUCCAAGCAGCUUUGCACACCGACGGCAGAAUUGUCUUUGGCUACAAGGAGAUCCCCAUAUCAGUCUUGGAAAUUAGCUCCACACAACACCCCGUCAAAGCUGGCCUCUCGGAUGCUUUCAUGAUCGGCAGCUCCUCCCCUGAUGCACCUGGACCCCACCGUCGGACCAUCUAUGAAUACCACCGUGUGGAGCUCGACACCGGCAAGAUCACCAGUGCAUCAGCAGUGGAGUUCGUGCCUUUGCCCACCUGCCUCCAGCAUCAGAACUGUGAAAUCUGCGAGACUUCGGAUCUAACCUUUAAUUGCAGUUGGUGUCAUGUUCUGCAAAGGUGUUCCAAUGGAUUUGACCGACACCGUGAAGAAUGGUUGACAUAUGACUGUGCCCGAGAGUCAGAAGAGAGGACCUGUGCCGAUUUCGAAGAGGAUGAACAUUACUACUCAUCACCCCCUGACAGCAGUCCCUUCACACCUUUCAGAGAAGAUGUCACUUCUACUACUUCCCGUUUUGUUGACAGCCUAACCACUGAAGAUGACACAAAGUUAAACCAGAAUGCAGAAGGAGAAGAUUUGAGAAACGAUGACCUCCCUACGGAGAAAGUGGGCUCCCAGAUCCACACAGGAACAAUUGUGGGGAUUGUGCUGGCGGUCCUGCUCAUUGCCGUCAUCAUCCUGGCCGGCAUCUACGUCAGCCUCAGUUUCAAUCCUACCUCCAGUGCUGCUUGGUUCUUCCUUGAGCGAAGGCCGCAUCAGUGGCCCGCCAUGAAGUUCAGAAAGCACACAACGUACACUGAAGUGGAGGCAGCUGGUCAAGAGAAGGAAGGUUUUGUCGAAGCCGAUCAGUGCUGA